CCUUACGCGACGCGAGACGUUAGCAGCGGUUUUUUUUUUGUUAGCCGCGCUUUAUCCGGGAAAAUUCAAACGAGUUUAUAUGGAUUUUGAGGAGAACAUGGACCACUGUGGGGCUGAAAACAUUUAGUCUGACUUCUAAUACAACAAUGUAUUAUCCACUGCAAGACUAUUUCAUAGCUCCUGAAGACCCUAAGCCUGGUGACAUGAUCACACCAGUGAAAACCGUACCUCAAGUAGCUCACAAUUGGGCAACUGGAUCAGGCAGAAAGAUCUCAAACCGAAAUGUGUUGGUGAUGAACUCCACUGCACAGAAUGCUGAAGCAAAUAGCCCAAAUAUCCCAUGUGAGCUCAGCAGCAUCAAUGCUACGGCGGAGGUCGCCCCUCAAGACAAAGCGGUCCUGAUGCUGAAGAGGUGCAGCGAGACGCCGGCAAAGAUUUUUGCAAGAAUGAAGGCAAAAGUUCAGAUACAAAAUUCUGCAGGGCAUGGGGCAGCCUCUGAUCAUGUAAGCAAUCAAGAGAUGUGCGACAGUGUCCCCUCGAACCCUGUAACCCAGUACUCUCAAAAGAGUAACGCCAACCAGGAGACAUAUGUGUUAGCCCUCUCACCUCCACAGUCACCGAGAGGAGAUGCACAAGUUGGAGAAAUGGACUUACCACAGGAUGGCCAUUCCAUCAAUCUUCAUAAAGUGCCUGGAAGACAACAUGAAACCUUUAAUACGGAGUCAGAGUCAUUUAUUGAGCCCUAUGUUUUACUUGAGAAAAUACCUGGGGAGAUGUUAUCAGAGAUGAAAGAAAGGCGAAAGCAAAUGACAGAGAAUCUUUAUAACAGAAACCUACAGCCUCAUGUGCUGUUGAACAAGAUGGUUCCUGAUGAGAUGUUAGCCCAGCUUCAGCGGAAACCCAUCACCUAUGUCACUGGUUCAAAGGACAUCAGAAAUAAAGGUGGUGUUGUAUUUGGUGAGAGGAGCAUUGCAGUAGAAAGGGACAAUGAGGAAGAGCUCCAAAUAGACACGUCCAGUAGUCCUGAGUCUGAUCCGUUUGGUCAGUCGGAGUGCACAGAAGUGGUCCCUGGACUCCCUCAGCCUCCUCAUAAUCUACUGGAUGAUCCUCUCCUGCAGCUCUCUCCUCGGGUGUUGAUCCCACGAAAGACAGCGUCUGUGUUUCAGUCAAAACAACAAGCUAAACAAGCAGACAUAACUCUAUAUGAAGAAACCAAUGUGAGGAGGAUUCAUUUAAGAGACUGGGUUUUGAAACUGCUCAACAAAGACCUUGUGGUUGACGGUAUUCGCAUAGAUACUAUGAUACCUUGGCACAGCAGUUUUAUCAUUGAAAGAAUCUCAAGCAAUGUUCUCAAGACGUCAUCUGGCAGAACCUAUGUCCUCAUUGGGAAAAUGGCCAAACAUCCCAAUUCAUCGUUUCCAUCAUGGUUUUUGAAGAAGUUUCUUUUUGGGUUUCCAAAAAUGUGGAAGGAGUACCUGGAUCAGUUUUUGAGUGGUCAUAUGAGACCGCAGAAAAGUCAGAAGGACAACAGCAGUGUGAAACCUUCCAAAGCUAAAAACCAACAGGCCUCUAAAAACUCAACAUCCAGACAUCAGGGCAAUAUAGCAUCUCUCAUUUCCAUCACGCCCACUGGCAACAUUCAGCAGGGCAAUGCAAAAGUUUCCCGCAGUGGCCGACUCAUCAAACCACCAUUGGAAUACUGGAAAGGAGGGAGGAUUGUUAUGGAUUCUGACAUGAAUGUCACUAUCCAUGGGGACUACUCUACCUCAUUGCUGUCCACGCCAAAGAAACCAGUAAUUAUGGCAACGUCACAAAUCACAGAGGAACAAUUAUCCAGGCUCAAAACUCUCGGAAGAGGGAGGCGUAAAACAUCUAGCAGUGAAGAUGAGCUGUCAGUGCCAAUAAGGAGGAUCAAACGGCGUUCCAAACCCCAAAGAAAAGCCCAAUCUCAGAGCACAACACUGAAUAAACCUUCAAGAGCUCAGAAAGGACCCCUGGUUAUGGCCCGUAGCUCAAGCUCGGGUCAUGCAGUGAAACAAAUAGCUAGUCGACCUCAAAGAGCCUCUCUGAGAAAACAGCAGUCAGGAAGAGAGGAAAAUGCUAUGGACUCAGAGUCAGAAAUGAUGGAGAACACAAAGGUUGAUUCAGUGAAUGGUCAUUUCUCAGCUAGGGAGGGAACAGUGUCAUAUGAAGAACAGGAAUCAGGCUUUGAGAAUGAUCCGAAGACAAAGAGCAACAGCAAUUCAAAAAAGCUAAUUCAGGGUGAACCACAAUCCAUGCCACACGACAACAGUUCCUUACGCCGAAGCGCUCGCAUAAACUCCAGAGCCCAAUACUCUACUGACUCUAACAGCUCAUUUGCAUCUCCAGACCCUCUAAAAAGGCGAAGAGGAAGAGGGUCCACAGACCAUAAACAGCUAACAAAACCUCAUAAAGCUGAGACGUCUGUGGUGCAAGAUUCUACCAGUCAUAAGGAACAAAAUGAACAGGACUCAGUGAGAGGUUCACUUAGACCAAAAAAGGUCUCGCAGAGAAAUUCAGAUGAUGUUUUGGUAGGAGAUUCUGUUGAUUUUCCCACAGAUGAUGAUAAUGACGAAGAGAGAAGGCGACAUGACAAGAAGACCACAUUAUUGUUGAAGAGAUCAAGACAAAGGAAAGCAAAAUCUGAACCUAAAACCAAUGGACACCUUGCGUCCUCAGAGGACAUGCAUUCUGAGCACUCAGAGGAUGAGGAAAGUGUUCAACAUGCUGUUUCAAAUAACAGAAGAUCAAAGAAAUCUGAAACAGGAAAAGCAAACACUAGAAGCAAAAAGCCACAUACAGAAAACAGCAAUAAGCAUGAAGAUGAGCUAUUAGAUGGAAAAUGGAUGGAAGAAGAGCUACAAAAACUACACGAGGCUGUCAACUCAUUACCUAAGCACAAGAGCGGUUACUGGGCAAACGUUGCGUAUAUUGUUGGCACUCGUUCGGCUGAAGAGUGUCAGGAACAGUAUAAUUCCAAUCAGAAGACCAACAAAAGACCCAGAAAAAUAGCACAGAAAAAACCAGCAGCAACUGAGGAGCCAGGAAAGGAAAUAAUUGAAAUAACUGCUAAAACUGGAACACUUAAAAGGAGACAGCAGAUGAGGCAUUUCUUGGACCACAUGCCAAAAGAUGACCAUGACGAUGUGUUUGCUAACUCACCAAUGCACAAUAAGCAAAUCAAGUUGCCUGUAUUCGCUGCAAACGGAGAUGAUGAAGAUUUCAGCCUGCUUCAGAACCCCCAGACGCCAAGUUCUAGCAUUUCUACUGCUGCUAAAACCCCUCAGUGUCUGCACAUCAGCCCAGGAAUGCUGGGAUCCAUCAACAAGAAUAACAUGGACAAGUACAUUUUCCAUCUUCAGAAGAACCAGAAGGGACGGAAACGGGGCAAAAAGGCAGCACCAAUAGACAAGCUUACACCGACUCCAGUAGUCAAGAAGACUCUAAAGAGAUGUGUUGCUGAAGAUGAUGACUUUGUGGUGUGGAAUAUGCUGUCAGAUAAAGAUAUCCCAUCCAGAGCUGAUGACAGUGAUGAGGAGGAUGAUUAUUUUAUGGAAUACUGCUGAGUUUCACUAUCAUAGUUUAGCAUUUGUAAAAUGUAUCUUAAGUCAGUUCGUUUCAGUGCUGUUAAUCACAUUGUUUUACAGUAUUUUAGCUUCUACUUUUCCAGUUGUUUUUAAGUGUGUUUUGGUAUGUCAAACACCAGUGCUCAUGAAAUGUUUGCUAGCUUUAGCUUACAAAACAUCUCAAAUGAAGAUUUUUAAUUUGCCUUGUUGAGCUAGUUCUUCUACAAUGCAGUGCUUAUCAGUGGGUUGUAUAUAUAUUUAUAUUUUUUUAUUUUUUUUUUAUUUGGAGGUCAUAAUCUGUGGAUGUCAUACCAUAAAAUUCUAAUGAAAGCAUAAACACAACUCAAUAUAAAGGCAAAAGAAAAGUUCUGAAUAAUCUGAUGUGAAAAGUUGAAAAGGCAACAUUUUAGAUUAUUUUAUUUGAUUAUAUUGUAAAUAAAUAUAUAAGCAAAAACAAUGUAUGAACAAAUA